AUGGCGCUAGUGAACUAUACCCUGCCAUUUGGUAGCAUGCAGGCGCCGACAUGGGCCACAGCGAGCCCACUCCAGAACCACCAUGCGUCGGCUGUGAACAACUUGCUGUACGGUCCCGCUGGACACCAGGAAGAAGAUCCGGAUUUCAACAAAAAUGUACCGUACUCCCCUCCCCAACGCCAGGCGAAACAGUCUCCUCAGCCGGCACUACAUCAGCAACAGUUGCAUACAAUCCGCUAUCGACAGACGCCACGUAAUAACUAUUUGCCUCCCCCGGCGUAUAUCCCACAAGGAGCAAACAAUCCGCAGGCACCGAAUCUCCAUCAACCGGAAGAAAAGCCUCAUCAGCAGCUCGCGGGACGUACGCCUCAGGUGGAUGCCGGUGCUAGAGUUAGCAACCCAGACGUACGCCGGCCAAUGCAGCCGGCGUACUAUGAGUACUCUUUUGGUAGCUAUGUCACCCAGCACGGCCAAGCGUUCGCGGAACAGCACGCGAAUCCGCAGACGGGAACCCGCUACCAGAGUAAACCCAGCUCGGUGGCACCACCAGCUACUUCGACGAAUCCGGCUUCGGUUAGUCCUUCCUGGAGAGCGCCUACCGGCUUCGCCGGCAUUGGAUCUGCCGAUACCCGCACGUCGAUCCAUCCGGUGCUGGAUUAUGAUGAAGAGGAUCAAGAUGAUUACUACGACGAACCGGUGGAUGUGACUCCGGUUGCUGGGAUCUCAGAUAACCGAAAAAACUCUCGCAUGCCAACAGUUACACCCAUACAGGGGCCCAUCUUUAUCAAGAAUGGGACAGUUCCAGUCGUGCCAUUAUUCGCGUAUCCUCAAGUCAGCAAUGGAACAUUCAUUCAAAUACCGAUUUGGUGGACAGCUUUAUCCGUCGCGCUCGGGCUCAGCAUUCACGGGGAUGUCAUCAGAGGCGUUCCGUGCAUAAAGAAGUACCACCAACUGUUCUGCCCUUCGGCGGGCAAUACCUAUCCUAGUGACAAGAUUGAGAUGUUCAUCGACGAGAACAAAGCGCUAAUGAAGCGAAUGUACGGUGACUUCGAGAUGGCUUCGCGGUUUCCCACGUCCCCGGGGCGGAAGCGCAAACGGAGCGCGUCCGGUGGCGGUCCCUAUGAUGGUGAAGACGACGACGACUUUACGCUGCUACCGGAGCUGAUGGAUCUGUACGGUGAUCCAGGUGGAGACGUGCGCCUCGGAGGAGACUCGUACUUCAGCAAGCUGCGCAAGAAGCGCCAGAAUCAGAGCUCAGGGCAAGCUCGAGGUCGAAGUGGGUCUGGUGGGAGUUCCAGCGGAAAUACCAACGCACGUCAGACGGCAGCUCCAGCCAACGGAAGCGCUGGUAAUGGCGGCAAUGGCGAGUCCAACACGGGCAGGGUCGAUGCCUGCGAGUCAAAGAUCGAGAUAGUGACACCGUAUUGGGCGACGAACUCCGCCGGGAAGGUGCGUGCCGUCGUCAACACGCAGCACUUCGAGCAAGCGAUCCAUCAGGAAGUGUGUUCCAAAACGCAAACGAACCGUUGCUCCGGUGAUUGUGGAUGCGAGCAGAAGUACAAAUGGCACCGUUUGCUCGCGUACGAUCCGGACAACGACUGCAAGGGCAUCUUCAUGGAUUGGUUCCUGUUCCCGUCGUGUUGCGUAUGCCGGUGUAAUCCCUAGUGCCGGUUCCGGUUGGAUCGACAGUUCAAGCUCUCCCAGCAAACCCAUCGCGCGGCUGAAACGUGCGACUUUGAAGAGAUUUUCUACCACGAUGCUAAUAGUACUUAUGGUUAAGAGAUUGCGACCCGGCGAAAUAUGUUCCCUCCCGAAUUGCAGCAGUACGUGUACAUUGUGGCACAUUUUUAGCUUUCUACCCGUUUUGUUUCUUCCCCAUUAAGCUUCGUUUUUAUC